CGGGAGGAGGCGGCCGGUAGGGAGACCGCGCCGUCGGGCGGGGCCGUCCCUCCAGCUGGCUCGGACCCCGGCGGGGCGGGCAGUAGACGGAGCGGCAGAGCCCAGACGCCGGCCCGUAGCCAAGGAGAAAGGUGGCGGCGGCGCGGACGGGACGGGGCGGCGGCUCCUCGUCGUGACCCUCUGCUCCUCUGCCCAGGCCCGGGUGCGAGUCGGAGGCGGCGGCGAAGGAAGGAACGAGCAUGGCUGAGACCUCGCCGCCGCCCACUGCCGGCGCGGAAAGUUGCAGCGAGGAGCCGGCGAGGGGCGGGAAGCAGCGGCUGGAGGAGCCGCGCCGCGCUCCAGCCGGGGGCGCGGACCGAGAGGACGAGGCGGGGCCGCCGCUGGCCUCCCCCGCGGGGCAAUCGGAGCCCGGCUCGCCGGUGGCUGCCCCCUUCUUCCUGCUCUACCCGGGCGAUGGAGGCGCCGGCUUCGUAGCGCGCCCGCCGCCGCAGCCACAGCGCGCCUGGAGGACCCCGCCGUCGCCGGGCUCCCCGCUGCCCUUCCUGCUGCUGAACUACCCGAGCGGCGGCGGCGGCGGCGGCAAACACCACCCUAAUUAUCUCAUGGCUAACGAACGCAUGAACCUGAUGAACAUGGCCAAGCUGAGUAUCAAGGGCUUGAUUGAAUCUGCUCUGAACCUAGGGAGAACUCUGGACUCUGACUACGCACCUCUCCAGCAGUUCUUUGUGGUGAUGGAGCACUGCCUGAAACAUGGCUUGAAAGCUAAGAAAACUUUUCUUGGACAAAAUAAAUCCUUCUGGGGGCCUCUAGAACUGGUAGAAAAGCUUGUUCCAGAAGCUGCAGAGAUAACAGCAAGUGUUAAAGACCUUCCAGGACUUAAGACACCAGUAGGCAGAGGAAGAGCCUGGCUUCGUUUGGCACUGAUGCAAAAGAAACUUUCCGAGUAUAUGAAAGCUCUGAUCAAUAAGAAGGAACUUCUCAGUGAAUUCUAUGAACCUAAUGCCCUCAUGAUGGAAGAAGAAGGAGCCAUAAUUGCUGGUCUGUUGGUGGGUCUGAAUGUCAUUGAUGCCAAUUUCUGUAUGAAAGGAGAAGAUUUGGACUCUCAGGUUGGAGUUAUAGAUUUUUCAAUGUAUCUCAAGGAUGGGAACAGCAGUAAAGGUAGUGAAGGAGAUGGCCAGAUUACUGCAAUUCUGGAUCAGAAGAACUAUGUAGAAGAACUCAACAGACAUCUGAAUGCUACUGUAAACAACCUUCAGGCAAAAGUGGAUGCAUUAGAAAAAUCCAACACUAAACUGACAGAGGAGCUUGCAGUUGCAAACAACAGGAUUAUUACCUUGCAAGAAGAUAUGGAACGAGUCAAAGAGGAAAGCUCCUACAUAUUGGAAUCUAAUCGGAAGGGCCCUAAGCCAGACAGAACUUCAGAAGGGCAAGCACUGAGUGAAGCAAGGAAGCACUUAAAGGAGGAGACACAACUACGACUGGAUGUUGAAAAAGAACUGGAGAUCCAGAUCAGCAUGAGACAGGAGAUGGAACUGGCUAUGAAGAUGCUGGAGAAGGAUGUCUGUGAGAAGCAGGAUGCCCUGGUGUCUCUGCGGCAGCAGCUGGAUGAUCUCAGGGCUCUUAAGCAUGAACUUGCCUUUAAGUUGCAGAGUUCAGACUUAGGAGUAAAACAGAAAAGUGAACUAAACAGUCGCUUGGAAGAGAAGACUAAUCAGAUGGCUGCUACCAUUAAACAACUUGAACAAAGAUUGCGCCAGGCUGAGCGAGGCCGCCAGUCUGCUGAAUUGGACAACCGGCUCUUCAAGCAGGACUUCGGAGACAAGAUCAACAGUCUGCAGCUGGAAGUGGAGGAACUCACCAGGCAGCGGAACCAGCUUGAGUUAGAACUAAAACAGGAAAGAGAAAGAAGGUUACAAAACAACAGGAGCAUCCCAGGAAAGGGUUCCCAGAAGCCAGAACCCGAAACGGAUGGGAAGCACAAAAUUCAAGAGGAAAAUGUUAAACUAAAAAAGCCCCUGGAAGAAAGCCACAGGCUGCAGUCUCACCCUGUGAAUGAACAGGAUCAGCCGCUGCCCUCCGAAAAGCCACAGAUGUGCCAGCUGUGCCAGGAAGACUGCAGCCUAACAAAGAAUGUGUGUAAGAACUGCAGAGGAACCUUCUGUAAUGCCUGCUCAACAAACGAACUGCCUCUUCCUUCAAGUAUCAAGCCUGAGCGAGUUUGCAAUCCCUGUCAUGAGCACCUGAUGAAACAAUAUUCCAGCAGCCCACUGUAAGACUGGAGGCUGAGAUCUGGACCAAAAUGUCUCGACCUGUGUUAGAUGUCAGGAUCCCCUAGAGCCCAGGCUUUAGAAUCAACUCAAGAAUUGAAAGGAAUGAUUUAAAUAAACCAGGUCCAGGGAGAAAAGGCAGUGGUUGGCAGUGCUGGAAUUUUGCUCAUUUUCUCUAAUGACUGUAUGAAUAAAAGUUACUCAGUUGAGCCUCUCUCUGCUAAAUCUAAACAACCCCACUUUGGAGCAUUUGGAAGGGCUGUUCAUUUUUAUGAAUAGUGAUAAUACUACUGGGGUGGAUGUUAUAGGAGAGAGGGUGCUUGGUGGAUAAGAAUAAAAAGAAAACAAUCAUCCCUCUGUUACAUUUUCAGAUUCAAGAGGAAAAGAUAAUUGUUAACUGAGAUUGAAAUGACAGAUGUUACAUAUUUUCCCAGAUGCUGCUAGACACAAACAUUAUUUCUUCUUUACCCCCACUAACUACCUCUUCUUUAAAGUAUCUCUACCAAACUGUGAACCCAAACUCAGGGAAAAGAAAUUAAAGAGUAAUAUAAAUUUUGAAUGUACUUAAAACUAUUAUAAUAUAUUAUAGUUUUAGGACCAGAAUUUUCUAGUUCUGGCCUACAUGUGUUUUCAUUAUCAGAAUGAGGAGGAAGAACAUUUGCUGUUUUUCCACUUAGUGACUUCAAAACUAAAUAUCUGCCCUUUUCAGAAUCCCCUACUACACAACAAGCCAGCUCUUCCCCACUCCCUCUUUCCUCUCAGUCAUGGAAAUUAUAAGGGGUUUUAAAGAUAGCGUUUGACUUUUGCAAGUAGGAAGUAUUGAAGCAAAGCUAUGUCAGGUGUAAAGUAAAACAAAUUUAAUUUGUCUUGGCUGAGAAUAAUUAGCUUAGAAUAUUUAUUAAAUUCUUUUGUGAAUAAGAGAUCCCUUAUUCCAGGCUCAGAUUCAGAACUGGUAGGCAGGUUUCUUGGAAAGUAAGAUACUUCAACAUCUCUUAGUAACAAACCCUUUGGGGAAAAAGAGGGAAGUGCAUUCAGCAGGGGAAGGAAAAGAAAUGGUUUAUGCUCUUUUGAUUAUGUUACAUGUGUCUAGAUUGUUUGAUUCCAGUUAAGACCUAAGAAGAUAUGAUUCUGUAAGUGGCUUAGAAUUAUGGGGUGGAAACAUCCUGGAACCAUGAUAUUUGAUAAAUUCUGUCUCCUGAAAGGGGUUACAGCCCAGAAAAAGAGUUGUUAUUCCAGAGGUCUGACCUGUUACUUGGUGAAGCUGAGUUUUAAGAGU